CUGGCCGCGCUCGGCAGCAGCCGCCGCCACAGCAACAUGUUGCCCAGGAGCGCCUCGUCCAUGCCGCCGCCUCCCAACCCCGCUGCCUACUUCCCGCCUCCCCGGGUCACGCUGCCCUCCGGCCUGGAGAUCCUGCGCACCUACUCGGGAGCCGUCAUCUUCCUGGAGAUCCUGUUUGGAACAAUAGUCUGGAUUUUGGUAGCUUCUACCCGAGUUCCACUGCCACUGCUGCAGGGAUGGGUAAUGUUUGUAGCAGUGACUGCAUGGUUCCUGUCCAUUGUGUUCCUGUGUGUGUUCCUCUUCGGUUAUGCAAAUAGAAUCGCUGUCAACUGGAACCAGACGGAUUUUCUUUUCCAUGGGGCUACUUUUGUCUUUUAUUUUGGAGCUUUUCUACUGCAAGCAGCAACUACAUCUCUGCAUCACUUUCCCCGCAAAUUCAAUUCCACCUCACAAGAGAAGAUUAUGGCAGAUCAUGAAUAUAACAUAAGCAUAGCAGCCUCGAUUUUUGCCUUUGCAACAGCUGUUUGUUAUGGUUGCAGCACAGCCCUGGCAUUAAGGAGAUGGAGGCUAUAGCACUUGAAGAGAGGUUGAUGCCUGAGUGUUCUGCGUCAGAUCAAAUUAAAUGCUACUUGUCUGUUUUACUGUAAUCUAAUUCCAAAAGACUUAUUUUUUUGCUUUAAAUCUGUUUCAAAGUGCUGAAAUGCAAAUAACUCCUCAUAAGGAUUUCCCUAAAAGAAAACAAGUUUGCAUCUCUUCCCUUCUGAUUUUUACUUUUAUUCUGUACUCAUGAAAAGCAUACUUAUUGUAUGGUAUUACAGAGUUCAGGGAUAAACAGAUACAUCAUUAGCAAAUAAGAGAAUUCUAGUGCUAAAUCAGAAGAGGAAGAAGAUGGAAACUAAACCAAUGUGUUAACUGCAUAGGCAGCUAAAAACCUCCUCCCUUGUUAAAUCCUGGGAUUGGGCCUUAAGUAUUUUGCAGCAUUACAGUGCAUUCCACACAGGUGGGGGCUUCAGGCUCCUUUUAGAGUCAUAGGUUUUCUGUGUGCUGCUCCUUGUGCGGUCAGAGCCCAAGCUGACUUUGUGAUACCAGUUUAGUAUGUAUAUUAUUAAUUUUGAUGUACAGAGAAGAUAUUUUAAAUAUACUUCCAGUGAAAUCUUUUGAUACUCUUUUAUAGCCAUAUCCACCUAUGGUUAUCUGAUCCUUAAAGCUUCAUGUGUUCUUUAGUGCAUGGAAACUGGGACUGUCAGUCAGUAGUUGAUUAGUUUUAGGAGUUUAGCUUAAUCAGAUCUAUUUAUACUGCAAAACUGAAACAGUGCAUCUGUGUUGUGUGUGUGUAUAUACAUGGUUUAUUUUUGUUUAACAGGAAUAUUUGCACUGUUUUACUUUGUUAGAGUACAACUUUGGAUUUGUUACUUCAAGUGCUGCAUUUGUUACUUAUUAUGUGAGUCAAUAUCAUUUGAAUGGAAUGUAACCAAAUGGUGAAUAAUGUCUGACCUCAAUUCUUGCAGUGUUGUUAUUUGUUGCAUUCUAAACCUGAAGUGUUGUAAAGGUGUUUCUAUUUGGACAGGUGCCUACACAAAUGUCUUACUGAAAGCAGAGGAAUGCAGAGCGGUUCGCCCACUGUGGAGUUUGCUUUUGGCACAAAUGAGGUUUAAUUGAGCCUCUCUUGAAUAUCCAUGUUGUAUAAUGGCAUUCAAUAUUUUAUAUGGAAAAGCAAUGUAACAAAACUAAAGGAUGGCAUUGCGCUCUGCUCUGACACUCAUGCUGGUCUGCAGAUGGUGAAACUUUUUGUAAUGGCAGUAGAUGAUUUUUACUCUUGUCAAUAGUGCCAAAUUGAUCACCUGGGAGAAAAAAGCUCCCUGUCAUUCAUAAAACAGCAUGCUCACCACAUCUUGCCAUUGCACCUGAAUACUCUGUAGAGACCAGCAGUGGUUGGGUAAGGGAAGACAGGACUUUCCUCAUUCCCAGGCCUACUCCUUUUCCUGGAGCCAACCAGGGUGUCUGCCGUGGAGGUUACUUUAUCAGACUUGUCAGGUAGAAGGAUUUCUGAGAGGCAGCCACCCCCAGCAGGGCCCUGCAGUCCCUGCUGACCCUGUACAGGUUCUUAGGGAUGACGUAGCAGUGAGUGGCAUUCCUUCUGACUACUGGAACCAGUUGAUUGUCCUGAAUUACUGCAGUGGGAUGAUUUUGCAUAUCCUGUUUCCUUAAAUUUUUAUCUUCCAAAGAUUUUGUACUCUGGCUGAUUUAUUACCUGCCCCCCCCCCGUUCUCUAGUUCUCUACUUGCAUUGAAACUUGUUUUGUGAACAUUUUAUCUGUAGCCAUAUACUUUUAAAAAUGCUUCAUAUUGUAUAAAAUACACUGGAGUAUAUGGAUGAAAGUAUGUAACAAAAAACUUACUCUAAGCAUUAAAGUUACUUAAUAUAUUUA